CUCUUUUCUCUUUUGACUCAUUCACUAAUUUCUGCCUACCGUGGUACUUGUUUGCUAUUACGUGAAGUAAUAUCGCAAGGGAUUUUUUAUACUUUUUAACCUUUUAAUCGCCUUUUUUAUUAUGUCUGCUGUCGCCGAUAACAAGGUGUCUGUUGUGCUCGGAACCCAGUGGGGAGACGAGGGCAAGGGCAAGCUUGUCGACAUUCUUGCCCAGAACAUUGACGUCUGCGUGCGCUGCCAGGGUGGUAACAACGCUGGCCACACUAUCGUCGUUGAUGGUGUCAAGUACGCCUUCCAUAUGCUGCCCUCAGGUCUGGUCAACAUGGAUUGCAUCUCGAUCGUCGGUUCCGGCGUCGUCGUGCACCUGCCCAGCUUCUUUGAGGAGCUCGAGGAGCUCGAGGCCGAGGGGCUCGACUGCGACAAGCGGCUGUUCAUCUCCGACCGCUGCCACCUUGUCUUCGACUUUCACCAGAUUGUCGACGGCAUGAAGGAGGGCGAGCUGGGCCGCGGAUCUAUUGGCACGACAAAGAAGGGUAUCGGACCAGCGUACUCCUCCAAGGCCUCCCGCUCCGGCAUCCGCGUCCACCACCUGUACCACUUUGACGAGUUCGAGAGACGCUUCCGCACAAUCGUUGCCGCACGCCACCGUCGCUACGGUGACUUUGAGUAUGACGUUGAGGCGGAGCUGCAGCGGUACCGGCAGUUGGCCGAGCGCCUGCGUCCGUUUGUUAUUGACUCGGUGGACUUUUUGCACUUGAAGCUGAAGGAGGGCAAGCGGAUUCUCGUCGAGGGCGCUAAUGCGCUGAUGCUGGAUAUUGAUUUCGGCACGUACCCCUAUGUGACCAGCUCGAACACGGGUAUUGGUGGCGUGUGCACUGGCCUCGGACUGCCGCCUACCAAGAUUGGCAAGGUUAUCGGUGUUGCCAAGGCGUACACCACCCGUGUUGGUGGCGGUCCUUUCCCCAGCGAGCUGACGGAUGCUGUGGGGCAGAAGCUGCGCGAUAUUGGUGCCGAGUAUGGUGUCACCACGGGGCGCCCUCGUCGCUGCGGAUGGCUUGAUCUCGUUGUCCUCCGGUACUCCAACAUGAUCAACGGAUACACGACAUUGAACUUGACCAAGCUCGACGUCCUAGACACCUUUGAUGAGAUCAAGGUUGCUGUGUCCUACACGAUCAACGGAAAGGAGAUCACCUCGUUCCCGGCGGACCUUGAUGACCUUGCCAUGGCCACUGUCAACUAUAUUACACUUCCUGGGUGGAACCAGAGCAUUAGCAAGUGCCAUACCUUUGAGGAGCUGCCUGAGAACUGCCAGAAGUACGUGCGCUUUAUCGAGAAGGAUCUCGGUAUUCCUAUUGAGUGGAUUGGUGUCGGUGCUGGUCGCGAGGAGAUGAUUGCGAUUGAUGUCUAAAUUUUUUUCUAUCCAUUUUAAAUUGGCUUUUUUCAUUCUCACACAAAUUUUAUCUACUUGAUCAAAAAAGGCACGUCG